CGUUGUGCGCUUCACACGCAAAACUCUCUCAGUACUCAGCAUACUCAGUACGACGGUGCCGGGUCAAAUAAUACAGCACUUAACUGUAUCUGCAAUUUGUGGCAGUGCCCCCAGAAUAGAAGCAUUAGAAAAGCCGUUCAAGCUCCUCAAGAUCUGUUUUCUGAUCUUUGCUCUCAGUGUUGUUGUUAUCUUGUUGUGCGUCCGUGUGCGUGUGCGUGUGCGUCCGCGUGUGUGUGUGCGUGUGCGUGUGUGUGAGUUUGUCUCGAUGACACCAAACUCGGACCGUUCCUACAAAAUGAAGCUGCGCGAUGUGGAAAAUGCCUUCAAGUACAGACGGAUACCGUAUCCGAAGCGUUCCGUCGAGCUGAUCGCACUUCUGGCCAUAUCGUGCACCUUUUUUCUGUUCAUGCACACAAGCAAAUUGAACAGUCGCCUGAAGGAAAUGGAGGUGAAGCUGCAACCAUCCGAGUUCUCGGCCCUGGGACUAACUGGCAAUCACAUAAGCGGACAUGAUGCGGGCAAGCCCGAUGACAUUAAUACGCUGCAUGGCACAUAUCAAUAUCUGAAAAGCACCGGUCAGAAACGUCGACACAAUGUGCACGCGCCCAGAAACAGCAAGGAACUGGAAGAAGUAGAUAAUAAUCAUAGAACUCACCAAAGAAGAGAUAAUCAUUUGCACAAAGACCAACACGAUAAGCAGUUGGCGCUGCCAAAGAAAAAGAAUUCUCCUCACUUUUAUGAUGACGAUGACGACAUUGAAAAUGAUGCAGAUGCUGAUUAUGGCUCUGAGGAUGAUGAUGAGCAUGGCUAUAAUAAGGCAGCGGAUAUGCUGAAUAAUACCAAACGCGCUGAGGUGGACUUUAUCUUUUUUAAUCGCGUUCCCAAAGUGGGCAGCCAAUCGUUAAUGGAGCUGAUGCGUCGUCUGGGAAAGAUUAAUGGCUUUGUCCAUGCUCGCAAUCCAGGCAGCGUUAAGGAGUCUAUUAUGAUGCGCCAAGAAGCCCUGAAAGAUCUCAUUGCAGAUCUGCUCACACGCCAAAAGCCGCACGUCUACAGUCAGCACAUUGCCUACGUCAACUUCACCCGAUUCCAUAUGCCUCGACCUAUCUAUAUAAAUCUGGUGCGUGAUCCCAUUGAGCGUAUUAUCAGCUGGCAUUAUUAUAUUCGUGCCCGUUGGUAUUAUAAUGACAUGAACGCCAAACUGGGUCCAAAAUCCGUAAAAAUGCCACCGGAUGAGUUUCUCAAUCUCGAUCUGGACACUUGUGUGCGAAAUAAAGAUCCGUAUUGCACGUUUGAGCAAAUGCAGAUGAACAAUCCCGUCGGUGAUCAUCGCAGACAAACCUUGUUCUUCUGCGGCAUGAACAAGAAGUUAUGCAUGCCCUUCAACUCGAAAAUGGCCAUGCAGAAGGCCAAACGCACUGUAGAGUCGGACUAUGCGGUGGUUGGCACCUGGGAGGAUACGAACAUCACAUUAACGGUGUUGGAGCAUUACAUACCGCGAUAUUUUCGCAACGCCAAAGUAGCAUAUUAUCUGGGUAAGGAAAAUCUUUCGCGCAUCAAUCGCAACAACGUCACACGGAUCGUUAGCGAUGAGACGCGGCAGAUUCUGCGCACGAAUCUGACUAACGAGAUUGAGUUCUACGAGUUUUGCAAGCAACGUCUGUAUCUGCAAUAUGCGGCCCUCUCUCAAGGCAGAAGUUUUGGUGAGGACGACUAUCUGCUAAUGCCACAGCUUCACGGUCAAGCUGAUGGUGAUGAAGCCGAGUAUUAAGCAAAAAUGUUACUCAUAAGUUAAACUGUGCCAACUACUACAAUACAAUAAAUUCCUAACUUCAAUUACAAAUACAUAAUGCCUAAUUUCUUAGUAUUCU